AUGAAGUGCUUUGAUAAGCUGUUCGGCCGUCACCCACAGCAGCCGUCGUCGUCUGCCACACGUCCUCUGCAUCCUCAGCUGCGAAAGGAGCCUUCGGUCUCGCAACUUAACCCUGCCCGUAUACAGCAGCGGCGCCCAUUGGACCGCAAGCUGCACGGUAGCAGGAGCUUCGACAAGCUGAACCGCAUGGGUCGCGAACGCAGAAGCUCCAGCGCGCAUGCACCGUAUCCUCUGUAUACCCCCAUCCCCACGACCACCUCCACCAAGCAUUGCAGUCUUCCCCCGACGCCUCAAAUUAUCCAGAUCCAUAAGCCUGCUUCCCCGACUACGCCCCUCGUGCGCCCUCGUCGUGCGUCGUAUUCAGCUGCUCCUGCUGCGGUUCAUGUCUCCACCCCCGCGCCCUUCCUGCCUCAGGAGCUCAGCGUCCCGUGGGCGAGUGUGGCAGACCUCCACCUCACCCACCGCGUCUUCCUCAGCGAUUGCGCCAACGCUCUCGCAAACGCGCCGCACGUCCGCUCCGCCACCUUCGACCACGUCCGCGCCGACGACACCAAGGUCGCCCCUUACGAGCAGCUCGUCCUCUCCCAGCGCUUCCACAUGGAAUUCGCCGCGCGCGUGCACAACCUCCAAGUCCUCCGCCUCCUCGACGUACGCUGCGACGUCUCCCGCCUCCUCGGUGCGCUCGACGCGCCCGCCCUGGCGCACCUCGAGAUCCGCUACAACCGCGCGCUCGCCAUCGACGGCGAGGAGGUCUCCGAGAUCCUCCGCUACGUGCGCAGCCACGACAAGAUGUACCGGCAGCGGAUGGGCCGCUUCCUGCAGACGGUGAAGAUUCGCGGCACGCGCAUCGAGGGCGCGCUGUACGUCUUCAGCGCGGAAUUGCUUGCCAAGGGCGGCAGCGACAGCGAGCGCCUGCGCGGCUCGCGCGACCAGUACGGCCGGAAAGUCGCCAUGGGCUUCGAUAUCGCUUGA